GCCGCUCCACGUGAGGCUCAUGUGACAGAGGCAGUCGGAGCAAGAGUCGGAUGGUUUAUUGAACCCGUCGCUCCGUCCUCCCCCACUCUCCCAGCGUCUCCCAGCGGGACCGCCUCUCCUCCGUUGACGUGGACACACCGUGCGCUCUCGCGGAUUCCUCCGUUCAAUUGAUGCUCACUUUUUCUUUUUUUUAAUACAUUGUUAUUUAUUUUUGGAGACGCUUUUUAUUUGUCUAGACCCGGCGGGUUCAGUAAAUUCGCAGUCUCACUGAAGUCACAGUUAGUUUGACUGCGCAUCAGGAGCCGAGAGAAUGGAGCGUGUGUCGAGCGCUCCACCGCCGCUACUCCCCGCGCACACUGCGGCUGACCUGGGGGACAUGCAGGGGAUGGACUUCCCCAUGUACGUUUAUAAAUCGAGGCGAGGAAUGAAACGGGGCGAGGAGAGCAAGGAAACCUACAAACUGCCUCACAGACUCAUCGAGAAGAAACGGCGCGACCGGAUAAACGAGUGCAUCGCUCAGUUGAAAGAUUUGUUACCGGAGCACCUCAAACUCACGACUCUGGGCCAUCUGGAGAAGGCUGUGGUCCUGGAACUGACGCUGAAACACGUCAAAGCCCUCACUUCACUCCUGGAGCAGCAGCAGCAGAAGAUCCUGGCUCUGCAGAAUGGCAUGCAACUUGACCCUGCCCCCGCCGUCGGCCAGCAGAAGGCGGAGGAGCUGUUCCGCUCCGGCUUCCACAUGUGUGCCAAAGAGAUGCUGCAGUACGUGGCCAGCUGGGAGACGGAGGGCGACCUGACCCCCGCCAACAUGAUCAACCACCUGCACCAGCUGGCCACCGAGGUGCUGCAGGGCCCGCCCCGAUCGCCGCCCCCCGCCCCCAGCCCCAGCCCGCGGCCGCAGGACGCCCCCGCCGCACAGCAGCCGCACCACCAGGGGACCCAGAAGGGCGCGGCCGACGGCCUGCCCCCCCCGCCCGGCGAGGGCUACGGGAGGAACUGCGUGCCGGUGAUCCAGCGGGCGUACCCCCCGGGAGGCAGCGAGCAGAGCGGCAGCGACACGGACACGGACAGCGGCUACGGCGGCGAGCUGGAGAAGAGGCCCGACUACUACCUCCAGGAGGCGGGGCCUCUGAAGCGCUCGGCGGCGGAGCGCCACGGCCCCGCCUCCAUCAAGCAGGAGGGCGGCGGUGGUGGCGGUGGUGGCGGUGGUGGCGGUGGUGGCGGUGGUGGCGGCGGUGGCGGCGGCGGCGGCGGUGGCGGCGGCGGCGGUGGCGGCGGCGGCGGGCCCCACCGCAAGCGGCCCCGCGUGGAGUCCUCUGAGGACGAGUCGCAGUCGGGGGCGGAGUCCUCUUCGUCGUCGUCGUCCUCCAGCAGCCGCAGCUACAUGAGCGUGUCCCCCCACCAGCCCCUGCCGCCGGCCCCCCACCCCCUCUGCAUGCCCUUCUACCUGCUGCCCCCCUCCGCCGCCUCCUACCUGCCCAUGCUGGAGAAGUGCUGGUACUCCGGCGCCAUGCCCAUGCUCUACCCCGGCAUGGGGGCCCCCGGGGACAGGGCCGCGGCCCCCCAGCACCACCGCUCCUCCAGGGGGGCCUCUCCGUCCCCCAGCCACCCUCAGACCCCCAUGGACUCCCCGGCCCUCCUCCAGGCCCUGAAGCUGGUGCCCCCCCUCACCCUGGAGACCAAAGACUAGAGAGCGGACGGGGGGGGGGGGGGGUCCGCAGUCAGACAGAGACCUGAUGGAGGAUCAAACAGAGACCUGACGGAGGUUCAGAGAGAGACCUGAUGGAGGAUCAAACAGAGACCUGACGGAGGAUCAGACAGAGACCUGACGGAGGAUCAGACAGAGACCUGACGGAGGAUCAAACAGAGAUCUGACGGAGGUUCAGACAGAGACCUGACGGAGGUUCAGACAGAGACCUGACGUUGGAUCAAACAGAGACCUGACGGAGGUUCAGACAGAGACCUGACGGAGGUUCAGACAGAGACCUGACGGAGGAUCAAGCAGAGACCUGACGGAGGUUCAGACAGAGACCUGACGGAGGUUCAAACAGAGACCUGACGGAGGUUCAGACAGAGACCUGACGGAGGUUCAGACAGAGACCUGACGUUGGAUCAAACAGAGACCUGACGGAGGAUCAAGCAGAGACCUGACGGAGGUUCAGACAGAGACCUGACGGAGGUUCAGACAGAGACCUGACGGAGGUUCAGACCGAGACCUGACGGAGGUUCAGACCGAGACCUGACGGAGGGAGACUUAACGAUAGAGACUAAGACUAAGGACCACCUCCCAGUCUCUCCUCGCCUGUGUUUUCCUCCUGAGGUCAGAAAACAGAUGAGAGGACAUUUUUAAGAGGGCGUCUCGGAGGACGAUGGAGAACGAGGGGAAAGCGAACGAGAGAAAGCCGCCAUUCACACCCACGCUGGAAAGCUCCUCUCUCCCCCCCCCCCCCCUGCUCUUUGUUCUGAAUGAAUGUUAAUGUACUCCACAGUGCUCAGUGUACAGGACCCCACUCUGAUGGAUCCGUUCUGCACACCCACACACCACAGAUACACUACACACACACACACACACACCACAGAACACCCGCACAUACACACACACACACACACACACCACAGAACACACGCACACACACACACCACAGAACACACGCACACACACACACCACAGAACACACGCACACACCACAGAACACACACACACACACACACACACACACACACACACACACACACACACACACACCACAGAACACACACACACACCACAGAACACACGCACACACACACACCACAGAACACACGCACACACACACACACACACCACAGAACACACGCACACACACACACACCACAGAACACACACACACACCUACACACGAACACACACAUGCACCACAGAACACACACACACACACACACACACGGUUGAAUGUAAAGGAGUUCUUUAGAUGCUGCUGUUGAUGUACUUGCUACGGACACUGGUGUGUCUCAGUUUGAGCCGUCGCUAAAAGACACGUCGUUUGUACGCAUAGAAUCUGUCGCACCAAAUGCCCCCCCCCCCCCCCCCCCCGUUUUAGAUGAUAUACACAGGUUGUCAGUUCUUCUGCUAAGCUCACUGCUGAGUUAGCUUGCUAAGUAUUCUAGGUCACGUGUUACUUUAAACAUAGGUGCCCUUUGACCCCUGUGGCUAGGACCCUAAACCAAGAGCUCCCCUACGACCGUACACGGUGAGAGGAGGGGGAGAAACGGUCCGUCUCAAGGGGCGAGCUGUUUCCUGACAAACUGUGAGAUCGUUUUUUUUUGUGUCAUUGUUAAAUCCACUUGUACAUCUCUAUUUUUGAUACAUGCUCUAGCGCUCUGUCCAGGGAGACAGAAGACGAGUGGGGCGUGAUGUUGUAUACUCAGAACCUAUGGAUAUAUAUAUACUGUAGCACUGUGCUGGGCCUAGUCUGCGUAUUCAACCUCUUUAUUUUUCCAGUCAAACCAGGUGUUUGUUCAUGCUAUUGCCUUCUACUUGUGAAACGUGGAUGAACCUCUGAUGUGGUUUUCUCUGUGCUUUGUGUAAACUACCGCGGAGAGAGGUGAAUGUAAACGUUUGAACACACAAAUAGUUUUUCUACAGAAAGAGGUUCUUGAGAUUCUAUAUUUUGGGACCUACGCGGAAGAUGUUUGAUGUACAUAUUUUGUCAAUACGUGUUGAUUAUAUAAGCGUAUCAAUAAAGUAUUUUUCCUGUGGAAA